AUGUCACAGCACCGUGUCUCCCCGCUUAUCCUGAGCGAGAACCUUUCCCUGGCCUCAGACCCUUUGGAAGCAGCCGGUACAUCCUCACCCACUGUUCUGAUAGUUGGUGGUGGAGUCACAGGGCUCUUAAGCGCCUGGGUCCUCCUUGAUAGAGGCUAUCACGUAACGAUUGUCUCGAAAGAAUGGGCGUCAUGGACCAAAGCGCAACGACUUACUUCUCAAAUUGCGGGGGCACUGUGGGAGUAUCCUCCGGGAGUCUGUGGUCAACACACAGACACAGCCUCUCUCUGUAACUCCAAGAGAUGGUGCAUGGUGGUAUAUCAAAUAUGGGACAUCAUCGCUUCUGAUCCAGAAAUGGCUGCAGUUUCAGGUGUGAGGAUGAAGCGUUCACAUUUCUUCUUUGCCGAUCCCAUCGAGGAUGAUCCUGCUCAGCUGCAGAAGAUGGAAGAAAUUCAGAAGAGCGGGAUCCGGGGAUUUUUUCGCGACCGUCACCUUCUUCGAGUUCCAGAUGUCAAUAGCGCAUACGGAAUUGUCGACGCAUAUGAGCAUCUUGCGCCGAUUAUUGAUACGGACCGUGCGAUGAGGUGGCUAAUGGAGCUGGUGCAAGCUAAGGGUGCCCGCCUCGUCACUGAAUAUAUUCAUGGCGAUCUCUUCGCCCAAGAAAAUGCACUGCUAGAACGCUUCAGCGCCGAUGUUAUCGUCAAUGCUACCGGCUUAGCCUGCGCCGAAACGGCUGGGGACAUGUCCUGUUACCCGAUCCGGGGGGCGUUGAUUCGUGUCAUCAAUGAUGGGACCGACUUCCCGAAGAUAAAUCAAGCUAUGACCAUCACAGCUGAUGCCGCCCACGACGCUAAUGAGAUCGUUUUUAUCGUCCCCCGUAACGAUAACAUCCUUUUACUUGGCGGAAUCGCUGAGUCACACAAGUGGAAUCUCGAUCAUACCAUCGAUACUCCGAUCAUCAAACGGAUGCGCAAUCGAUGCGAAGCAUUCUUCCCGCAGCUCAAGAAAGCCCGUGUGGACCCUAAAUACCCACUGAUGCAAGGGCUGCGUCCAUUUCGUGAAAAAAAUGUGCGGGUGGAGCGGGAGCUUAGAAGGAAACAGGUUGUAUGGAACGGGAACAUGUCCAAGAUCGUACCCCAGCCGCAUUGUGCAUUCAUAUGGACAGGGCGGUGCGGGAUGGAGCCUGUCAUUCGGAUGUGCGGCUGA